AUGGGACAGAUAACGAGCCAGACAAGAAUCGUCGUAAUUAAGGUCUGCAAUUAUCUUCGUGGGCAAUAUGAUAAGGAAGGCGAAGAUGAUAUCGUAAAGAGGACUGCUGCUGCAACAGGAAUAUCUGUUCGUUCCAUUCAGCGGAUAAAGCAGCAACACAAGCGUGGAGAGAUGCACUCUCCACCCCCUAGGUCAAGAAAGUCACCAGUAAUGGGAGCAUUAGAUGAUUUUGAUAAGGACUGUGUACGUCGGGAGAUAAUGGCUUUCUAUGAAAGAGGUGAAAUUCCAACAAUAGAAAAACUGCUGGAUAGUGAAGAAGCCACCUCUGAAUUUCCCUGUUACUUAUAUGUCCCUUCUCAACUUGUUAAGGAACUCGGCUUUCGUUAUAAGAAAGUUGAAAGCGGUAGGAAGCUCUUGAUGGAAAGGAACGAUAUUGUUCUUGCCAGAAAUAAAUAUCUAAGGCUUAUUGAUGAAAACCAAAAAUCCGAUUCUCCAAGACCGGAAAUAUAUCUGGAUGAGACAUGGUUAAAUCAAAAUGAGUGUGUGGGCAAAUGUUGGACUCUACCCGAUGGAAUUGUUGGUCCACGAGUGAAAACGGGUAAAGGAGCUACAUUUAUCAUAGUGCAUGCUGGUGGAGAAUAUGGAUUCGUACCAGGAGGAUUGCUAUUUUUCCGAUCGAAAAAUGGUAAUAAGGGUGAUUACCAUGAUAGUAUGAAUCAUACAUGCUUCCUAUCAUGGUUUCAAACACAGGUACUGGUAAACAUUCCCGCUAAGUCGCUCAUUGUCUUAGAUAAUGCUUCAUAUCAUUCAAAAAUAUUGAACAAAGCGCCUGUCAGCAGUUCAAGGAAAUCGGAUAUUGUCUCCUGGUUAGCUAACCACAAUAUAGCUCAUGACCUUUCCUAUACCAAAACCGAUCUUCUAGAUGUGGUAAAGCAGCACAAGUACCUCCAGGAGUAUGAAAUUGACAAAAUCGCUAGAGUUAUGCUGGCCAUGAAGUACUCAGACUUCCUCCUUAUUCACUGCGAGUUCAACCCGAGGUAA